AGUGGACAGAGAGACAGAGAGAGUCAGAGAGAGAGAUACGGAGAGAGACAGAGAGAGAGAGACAGAGACAGAGAGACAGAGACAGAGGGGGACACAGAGAGAGAGAGAGGUUCGUCUUCGCUCCCCGUCAGUCAGUCAGUCAGUCAGUGUGUGACAGUGUGUGGUGAGAGGAAAGUGUUGGUGGAGGGAUACCACAGACAUAGGACUGAGUGAUUCCCCGCCCGCCCGCCCGCCCACGUCUCGGCAGAACAUCAGAUCUCUCUCUCCACACGCGUCAGCCACACAGCGCUCGUCACCGCUCACUCGCCACCACUCCGAGGAACCUGACUCAGGCGAGAGUCGAGAAGGCGUGAGUCGAGAAGAAGACAUCUGCUGUUGCCAUGGCAACGGAAUGCCAGGAAAUGACGCCAUCGGGAUACAACCGAGACAAUAAACGACCGGUGACGUCAUCGGCCACUGCAACAACAUCCGACAAGAUUCAGGAAAGUGGUACAAGUGGUGGUGGUGGUGGUGGUCGUGGUGGUGAGGAGGAGGAGGAGGAGGCGUUGGCCACCGAAGGAAUUCUGAUCCAAACGAUUUCAAACGAUUCGGGGAAUUCGACUCAUCAAACUAAACAGAUUAACGUUCCGCCAAACAUGAACACUGCAAAUACUGACGUCAGACAAAAAGACAGCACGUCGUCUGCACGCGAAAUAAUCGGGAACCCCCCGAAAGAACAGCAAAAAGUCAUGCUGGACAAGCGAAGAGCCACCUCUGACGGGCUCCCAGGACUCACAAAGUCCUGGGACACCCGCGAAAUUGACGCCAUUUUGGCGCGAAAGAUGAGCAGUACCGACCUGAAUAGCGCGCGGCCAAAGAAGAAGAUUUCUGCCAUCGGAACCGUGGUGGAAGAGCCGGCAUCAUGGCGGACGAUAGGCGAAUCGGAGGCGCUGAGAAGAACAAAAUGUCGACGUGUCUAUGCCAAGCUAGGACAGCACAAGGACUUAGCCUUGUUUUAUCGGGCCGGCAAGUUCUUUGCCAUGACUGCUUGGUGCUCUCAUAUGG